AUGUUGCCCACCUGGUUCCUACAGGUCCUGUUCCGGGCUGGCUCCUUUUCCCUUGUGCUCACCGUUCCUGCAGAACUGGUCACAGGCUCUAACGCUGGCUCCAAGAAGCUCCUGACCUACCAACCUGCCCUUGGACUGUGGGAGGGUCAUGAGAAAGACUACCUAGAGAUUUGUCAAUUUGUUGAUCUUUUCAAAGAAGCAAGUUUUGGAGUCCUGUGCCAGCUGCAGUCCCGUCCCAGCUGCCGCGCCCGUUGCCGCGCUACGCCCGCCGCCGGCUCCGAGCUGCUGCACCUGACGUCGCCGCCCGCUGCGCAGGAGCAGGGCGCCGAGUCACGGCCGCCGCCGCCGCACGGGGAGCUGCAGUACUUGGGGCAGAUCGAGCACAUCCUCCGCUGUGGCUUUCGGAAGGAUGACCGCACAGGCACCGGCACCCUGUCGGUGUUCGGCAUGCAGGCGCGCUACAGCCUGAGAGAUGAAUUUCCUCUGCUGACAACCAAACGUGUUUUCUGCAAGGGUGUUUCGGAGGAGUUGCUGUGGUUUAUCAAGGGAUCCACAAACGCUAAGGAGCUGUCUUCCAAGGGAGUGAAAAUCUGGGAUGCCAAUGGGUCCCGAGACUUCUUGGACAGCCUGGGAUUCUCCACCAGAGCAGAAGGGGAUUUAGGCCCAGUUUAUGGCUUUCAGUGGAGGCAUUUUGGGGCCGAAUACAAAGAUAUGGAUUCAGAUUAUUCAGAUCAAGGAGUAGAUCAACUGCAAAAAGUGACUGACACAAUCAAAACCAACCCUGACGACAGAAGAAUCAUCCUGUGUGCUUGGAAUCCAAAAGAUCUCCCUCUCAUGGCCCUACCCCCGUGCCACGCCCUUUGCCAGUUCUACGUGGUGAAUGGUGAGCUGUCCUGCCAGCUGUACCAGAGGUCAGGAGACAUGGGCCUGGGUGUGCCCUUCAACAUCGCCAGCUACGCCCUCUACAUGAUCGCACACGUCACGGGCCUGAAGCCAGGUGACUUUGUACACACUUUGGGAGAUGCACACAUUUACCUGAAUCACAUUGAGCCGCUGAAAAUUCAGCUUCAGCGAGAACCAAGGCCUUUCCCCAAGCUCAGAAUCCUUCGAAAAGUUGAGAAAAUUGAUGACUUCAAGGCUGAAGACUUUCAGAUUGAAGGCUACAAUCCUCACCCGACUAUUAAAAUGGAAAUGGCUGUUUAGAGUGCUUUUGAAGGAGUUGUCUGAAGGAUAUUUACACCUAGGUGAAAGUUCAUUUUGCUCUAAAGGAGAAGGAACUAGGUCAAAACC